GUCAGUUGUUAUACCCAGUUAUUGCGGUUUGUUGUACAAACUAUUUUUUUUAAGCAAUUUCAACGUAUAAUCGAAAUAAUCUUUCGUUAUUUGCUUGUACGAUUGGAUACUCUGUAAAAUUAUUUUAUCUCAAUUGUUUGAAAAUGCCAACAAAUGUGAUAGCAUUUGUGAAAAUUUGCAAUUGUGGAUAGAUUGUGCCAAAAGUGCAUCAACCGGUUUUUGAAUUUUUGUUAAAUGAGAAUAUAUUUGUGAGAAUAAUACAACAAAUCUCAUCUUGUACGCAAUGACUACCUUAAGCGGUUUUAUAGAAUUCUUCCAGAAAGGAAAGACAUUUAGGCCAAAGAAAAAGUUUGCUCAUGGAACAUUACGUUAUUCUUUGUAUAAGCAAGCUCAAGCUUCUCUUAAUUCUGGCAUCAAUUUAAGAGCUGUUGUCAAAUUACCUCCUGGAGAAGAUAUGAAUGAUUGGAUUGCUGUUCAUGUUGUGGACUUUUUUAACAGAAUAAAUCUCAUAUAUGGUACAGUAUCCGAAUACUGUGAUUCCGCAUCUUGUCCAACAAUGAGCGGUGGAGCUCGUUUUGAAUAUUUAUGGGCAGAUGGUGAGAAAUAUAAAAAGCCGACAGCACUACCAGCACCACAAUAUGUUGCUCUUCUUAUGGAUUGGAUUGAAGCUCAAAUUAAUAAUGAAACAGUUUUUCCAGUGUCAACAGAUGUGCCAUUCCCUAAAACAUUUAUACCAUUAUGUAGAAAAAUCUUAACACGCCUCUUCCGAGUUUUUGUUCAUGUAUACAUUCAUCAUUUUGAUCGGAUUGUAGCAAUAGGUGCGGAAGCACAUGUGAAUACGUGUUACAAGCAUUUCUAUUAUUUUGUAACAGAGUUUGAUUUAAUUAAUUCUAAAGAGCUAGAACCAUUAGCUGAAAUGACUGCUAAAGUCUGUAAAGAUAGUGUUUCCCCUAUCCAAACAGUGCCAUCAACUAAUCAAGGCAGAUAGUUAUUUCAUAAUCAUGUUUUACCAAACUAAUAAUUACAGUUUACAAUAACAUAGUAAAAUUUCUAAUAAUAUAGGCUUAAGUAACAUAAAAAAAUGCUGUUUGUGAUAUUUUUGCAUCAUUUUUGUGAAUAUAAUUUGCAUGACAUGUUAACAAAUGUGUUCAAAAUAGUUUAGAAUAUGAUCUGUUUUUUUAUUAAUUUCUCAUAAGAAUGUUUCUUGGUAGAAAUAAUAUAUAAGAGUAAUAGACUAAAAGUAAUUUUGUAUAAAUUCUCUUUACAGUAUGUACAUGAAAUACAACUUUUGAUUCAUUUUCUUGCUUUUAAUUUAUAAAUAAUAUUUAAUGCAACAUAGAAUAUAAUAUUAUCUUUAAAUGUGACACAAUUGUGUCACUUAAAUAUGUAACUUUAAAGAAGCAGUCAUAUACAUGUAUUUUACUUUUGCAAAACUUAUAUUUUGAUAUAUUCUAAUGCUUAGAAAUGAUAAUCAUAGGUGCCAUAUUUAAUAAGUUGAUACGUAUAAUAGCUUAUUUAGAUUAUUUAAAUCCCCUUCUCUUCAUCAAAAUAAGCAGAAUCUUUACAAUAUUUUUUUAUUGAGCUAUUAAUUUUUAGAGAAAAUGUUUUGUCGAACCUCAAAAAUACUUCUUGAAAGUUUCUUCUAGUCUUCUAACUUAGUGUCUUCCUUAUAUAAAGUAAUAUAAAGUAAGACAUUGUCCUAGAUAAUUAUAAUAUUAAUUAUUCAAUUUAUAUCAUUUUCCAUAUAAAUCUUAUUCAACUACUACGUACACAUAUGUACGUACUACUAUGUACACAUAAAUAAACAAAAGGCAAAUAAAAGAAAAAUUGCAGUGCUAACUUAA